AUGAUGUUCCUCAAAUCUGUCAGAGGUCGAACCUUGUACCGGAUAAUGAGCAUUUGCUGCUCACUAUCCUUCUGCAUGUACGGCUACGAUGCCGGCGUCCUCGGAGGCGUACAAACCACAAAGCCUUUCCUCGACGCCAUGGGACAUCCCACGGGUACAUACGUCAUUCCCAUGAUCGCAUCCUCAUACACACUCGCAGCCGCAGUCUGCUCGCUGGCCGUCACCGUCCUCGGCAUGCCUCUGGGACGGCGAGGCUGUAUCCUGAUGGGCGAUGCCCUCGUCAUUGUUGGAGCCAGUAUCCAAGCCUCUGCCUGGUCUGUGGCCCAGAUCAUCGUCGGUCGCGUCCUGUGCGGCUUUGGCAUCGGCUUCAUCUCCUGCAGUGUGCCCACCUACAUGGCCGAGAUGAGCAUCACAUCCAAAGAGCGAGGACCCGAGGUCUCCGUUCAGUGCGUCUGGUUGAUAAGUGGCGUGUCAUUAGCGUACUGGAUUUCACUGGGCUGUACUCGAAUGUCGAACCAGGUUUCGUGGCGGUUUCCCAUUGCCUUUCAAGCAUCCUUCGCGACCGUGUCCAUUAUCGGCAUGUUUUUCCUCCCUGAUACGCCCCGAUGGUACUACGCAAAGGGCCGCGUCGAGGAAGGCGACAGCAUUGUGAUGCGCCUCCAUGACCGUCCACUGGAAGACCCUGCUGUCCAGGCCAUGCGGGACGAAAUCUUGGCCUCAAUCAAACUUGAAGACGAGGAUGAGCACAGAUUCAAUCCGCUCGAUCUCUUUUGGGACAGAAGCGACCUGCGAGCCGGCCGCCGCAUCAGGAUAUCCUUCCUAAUUCUUUCGAUCCAGCAAAUGAUGGGCAUCAACCUGUCGGUCUACUACUCGACCGUCAUCUUUUCGCAGGUCGGCUUGUCACCUUUCCUCUCUCAACUGCUCGCGGCGGUGAUGAAUACCGGUUUCGCCCUGGGCACAGUUCCACUGCCGUGGACGAUCGAACGGUUCGGCCGUCGUGCCGUUUUGAUAUGGUCCGCCGUCAUCUUGACGAUCUGUAUGCUCGUGUUUGUGAUUAUGAUUGGCUUGCCAAAUCCGACGGUCUCGAUGCAAUGGACAGCUGUCGCUUUUGUGAUCAUUUACAACUUUGUGUUUGGGUAUGGCUGGAUUGGCGUCCCGUGGUUGUACGGGCCUGAGAUCGCACCGCUCAAACUCCGUCACCUCGGCGGUGCGGCCGGUGCAUUCGGCGAGUGGCUGUUCAGCUUCAUCACCGUCUUUGCCGGAGGUAUCGCGCUGCAGAAUGUCGGAUGGAAGAUCUGGAUCUGGAUGCUCUUGUCCUGCGCGGCUGCUGUGCCGUUUGUAUAUUUCAUGUGUCCUGAGACCACGGGCAAGACCCUCGAAGAGAUCGACCUGAUCUUCGCGAAGCCCGAGAUCCGAGACUCGUCGAUCGCGGCGCGCAUGAUACACGACCACCAUGCCGAGACGGUGCAGGGAAAGGAGCAGGUCAUCCAGUUCGAGGAGAAGGAGGCCGUUUGA